AGCCGCCGCGGCGGAACGAUGGCGUCCUAGCAGCAGCGCCGGUUUGCCUCUUCCCCCGCCUCCCCUCUCUCUCUCUCCCUUCAGCCGGGACCGGGCCCCGCGGCCAUGGCCAGGGGACAGGCGGCUGUGAGCGGCGGGAGGCGGGCGCUGCUGCUGCUGCUACGGCCGCGGGGCGCCGACGUUUCCCUCCCGGCCGGUGCGCCCGCCGCGUCACGUGACGGCCGCGCGCCGCCGCCCGCGCGUCGCUGCCUCGGUGACUGGCAGCGCCCGACCGCAGCGCGGGGCGGUGAGGCCACGGGAAGGCGCGGCGGCGGCGGCGUGAGGGACCGGCGCUGGGGGCAGCGCGAUGUAAGCAUCUCUGCAGCAUUCUCUUUACAAAGCAAAGGAAAUAUAUCCUUACUGGGAAACAGGAAGCUUUUCUUUGACACUCAUGCGCUGGUAUGCCUCUUGGAAGAAAACGGGUUCACUACUCGACAGUCAGAGGUCAUUGUUUCUGCAUUAGUGAAAAUUAUGAACACCAACCUGGAUAUAAUCUACAAGGACAUGGUCACCAAAGUACAGCAGGAAGUUGCACUUCAGCAAGUCAUGUCCCAUAUUAGUGGGGUGAAAAAGGACAUGAUCAUUUUGGAAAAAAGUGAAUUUUCAGCCCUUCGUUCAGAAAACGAGAAAAUAAAACUUGAACUGCAGCAGAUAAAGAAGCAACUCAUGGAUGAAAUCACCAAAGUUCGUGCAGAUAACAAGUUAAACCUAAACCUAGAGAAGAGCCGAGUAAAAGAAUUGUACUCCCUUAAUGAAAGAAAACUACUUGAAAUGAGGACAGAAAUAGUGGAAUUGCAUGCACAACAAGACCGAGCUCUGACCCAAACAGACAGAAAAAUAGAUACAGAGGUGGCAGAUCUGAAAACAAUGCUGGAAUCGCACAAACUCGAUAAUAUCAAGUACUUGGCAGACCAUAUUGAGAAUGUAACCAAAGAUGUGCCUAGAAACAAACCGUACACGUACCGUGUGUAUUUGGAAGCUUACCUCUGGUGAAAGCGUUGGAAAAAAGGUUUCUGCCGUUUCCCAAGUGCAGUAAACCCUCUGCUGCAAAGCACCGUGUGAGCAAAGCCUUGGCACUCAACACACAGGGCUGCCUGGCUGUACAGAGCAACUGGAGCCAGUUCAUCCAUGAGACUGAAUUGAUUAUUAAUGUAAAACUGAAACGACACGUUUUGUGGCUUGGAGGCACUGUUGUGUAAGUAGAAUUUGUGUCCAGCGAAACAUGCUUCCUUCCUUCCUUCUAACACUUGUUUAUACAGUUACUAGGAUCAAACAUUUGCUUUGCUGGGGUGUUUUUAUAACACAGUUAUCAGCUUGUUCUCCAGAUGGCCAUCCAGUCAGCCAUGUUUCAUGACAGAGUAUUGUGUAAUGACAGCAGUCUUUGCUGCUAGCUUUGCUUAAAACGUAUUUGUAGAGGUUUCUGUGACUAACUGGUGUUUGGUACAGAUAUGUAUCUGGUACAUACAAGUAUCAUAUCAUUCCACAUGCUAAUUGCUAACUUUACUGCUGUAACUGGAAGCUUGAAAUGCAGUAAAAUACCCAAGUUGUGUUAAAUUACAGUGAAACGAUACAAAGUGCCUCUGGUGCUGCCUUCUGGACUGAAGGGAGCUGAUACUUCAAGAAAGAAGCAACUUCAAGUUAAGAAGCAGAGUCUGAGGCGGGGGAACUGCAAUACUGACAAUCUUCUGGGGGCUUUCAUUGUUUUACUUGCUGAGGAAAAGUAAUAAUCCUGUUGGUUCUUCAAAUGUGCAACUUUGGUAAUGUUUCUAACAAUGAGAGCAGUAAUGGAGACCUGCAAGGAUAUUUAUUGCAGUUCUGAGCAAGCCCACGUGAACUGAAAGCAAUCAAGGAAGGUGUCCAGUGUCUCCAGGUUUCCACCUGUGAUCCUUCAGUUAAAGGAAAUUUCCCUUUCCCAUUUGCUCUUAGGAGGAAAGAGCAAUCCAUGCAGUGGUAAUAAAUGCUGUUAGAGCACAAUCACAGCUUUGCUUAAUGAGAGGGAAGCUGUUUGGCUACAUUGUGCCUGUACUGUACUAACCAUUUAAUGUUUUUGAUGGUUGGGAGUGCCAACUUUGAUCACGUGCAAGUGUGGAGGAAGAGAUGGAUGCCUGUAACAAUACCAUACUGGCCUGAAAUAAAGAAUUUUGACUAUUUUAUAGAA